GUCAUUUCUUCAAUUGUAAUAUUAAUGGCGGAUACCUAAAUUAAUAACCAUAAAUAACGCUCAUUCAACCCAUAUUUUUUUAACGUUUCUUUCCAUAAAUACGCGGGGUCUCCUCUAUUCAAUUCCCAUUUCCCACAUUUAAUUUCCUCUUCUUCAUUAAUUUGUUGUUUUUUUCUUUGAUUCACUGUUUGUGGGUUGUACUUGCAUAAAAAUCCAAGAUUUGGAAUAGGGUUCUUGAGCCCUUGACUAACUUGUACUACAUUCUUGGGGAAGAAGAAGAAAACAGUGUAAAACAAUGGCAUCCAAUAUCGGGAUGAUGGAUAGUGCAUAUUUUGUGGGUAGGAAUGAGAUUUUACAAUGGAUCAACAACCGCUUGCAACUUAAUUUGUCCAAAAUUGAAGAGGCUGCAUCUGGUGCAGUACAAUGUCAAAUGAUGGAUAUGACUUUUCCCGGAGUCGUUCCCAUGCACAAGGUUAACUUUGAUGGCAAGACAGAAUAUGAUUUCAUCCAAAAUUAUAAGGUUUUGCAAGAUGUUUUCAACAAGCUAAAGAUCGAUAAGCAUAUUGAUGUUAACAAACUAGUCAAAGCUCGACCUUUGGACAACCUUGAGUUUCUGCAAUGGUUGAAACGCUAUUGCGAUUCUAUCAAUGGUGGAAUUAUGAACGAGAACUAUGAUCCUGUCGAACGAAGAUGUAAGGGUGGUAAAGAUCGUCCUUCAAGAACCACUCAAAAGAACUCAAAACCGAUGUAUAAUUCUGGUUCUGGUCCUAAGAAGACUACUGUGCUUAAACAAGGGACGGCAAAUUCCCUGACUGGCGCUGUCGAUCAUUCAGAAGAAGUUCUGGUUCUAUCUCAGGAGAUUACUGAUCUGAAACUUUCUGUGGAUCUGCUGGAAAAAGAAAGAGACUUUUACUUUGGAAAACUGCGAGAUAUUGAAAUACUUUGUCAGGCGUCUGAAAUAGAGAAUUUGCCGAUGGCCGUUGCGGUUAAGAAGAUACUAUAUGCUGCUGAAGAUAAGGAAUCUGCGCUUUCCGAAGCUCAGCAACUUCUGUCAGAAACAUUGGAUUCUGGUGAAGCCGAUCCUGAUGAGGACAACAGUGCAGAAUGAUGUGUUCAUGACUACGGAGCUUAAACAUACAAGAUUAUUCAGAUCUAUCAGUGGAGCAAGAAUACUGAAUGCUUGCUUGCCCAAUUGUAUCAUCCCUUUAAUUUAACCAUGUAUGUAGAUCAUUAAUGGAAUUUCUCUGUUUUACACUAGGAAA